AUGGGCAGCUGGAUGGCUGGAUGGACGUUUGUACCGAGAGCUCAGUGCCGCUUGUCAACAGACAGACAGUUUAACCACUCAGACUUCAACGCCAAGAGGAAAAAGAAAGUGGCAGAGAUCCACCAGGCUCUGAACAGUGACCCCACCGACGUGGCUGCCCUGCGGCGCAUGGCCAUCAGUGAGGGAGGACUCCUGACAGAUGAGAUCAGGCAGAAGGUAUGGCCCAAGCUUCUCAACAUCAACGCCAGCGACCCCCCGCCGACGUCAGGGAAGAACCUCCGGCAGGUGAGCAAGGACUACCAACAGGUGCUGCUAGAUGUCCGGCGGUCUCUGCGGCGCUUUCCUCCUGGCAUGCCAGAAGAGCAGAGAGAAGGGCUCCAGGAAGAACUGAUUGACAUCAUCCUCCUCAUCCUGGAGCGCAACCCUCAGCUGCAUUACUACCAGGGCUACCAUGACAUCGUGGUCACGUUUCUACUGGUAGUUGGCGAGAAGCUGGCAACAUCCCUGGUAGAGAAAUUGUCUACCCACCACCUCAGGGACUUUAUGGAUCCAACAAUGGACAACACCAAGCACAUAUUAAACUAUCUGAUGCCCAUCAUUGACCAGGUGAAUCCAGAACUCCAUGACUUCAUGCAGAGCGCUGAGGUGGGGACCAUCUUUGCCCUCAGCUGGCUCAUCACCUGGUUUGGACACGUCCUGUGUGACUUCAGGCACGUCGUGCGGUUGUACGACUUCUUCCUGGCCUGCCACCCGCUGAUGCCCAUUUACUUUGCAGCUGUGAUCGUGCUGCAUCGCGAGCAGGAAGUCCUGGAAUGUGACUGUGACAUGGCCUCGGUCCACCACCUGCUGUCCCAGAUCCCUCAGGACCUGCCCUAUGAGAGGCUCAUCAGCAGGGCCGGAGACCUCUUUGUUCAGUUCCCCCCGUCUGAGCUUGCCCGGGAGGCAGCCGCCCAGCAGCAGGCCGAGCGGACAGCGGCCUCGACCUUCAAAGACUUUGAGCUGGCUUCAGCCCAGCAGAGGCCUGACAUGGUGCUGCGGCAGCGGUUUCGGGGACUCCUGCGGCCUGAGGACCGAGCAAAAGAUGUCCUGACCAAACCAAGGACCAACCGUUUUGUGAAACUGGCAGUGAUGGGGCUGACGGUGGCGCUCGGAGCGGCUGCAUUGGCUGUGGUGAAGAGCGCCCUGGAGUGGGCCCCCAAGUUCCAGCUGCAGCUGUUUCCCUGAAAGCCAGAGGAAACACUUCCUCUUCUGUCGUGUGAAGGUCUUCCCUUCCAUGGAAGGAUUAGGAGGGUAGAAUUUCCUUUAUUAAAAGGGUUUCCUGUUCCUGCCACCCUGCCCUGUCUGUCCGUGUGGGCCUUUGCCUUGGAGGUCAGUGCAGAGCCUACCUGACACAGAGGGCAUGUGGGGGCUGGCACAGAAUUCUCACCCCCCUGGGGGAUUCUGGUGUGUUGUCUGCCGCCUCCCCUUGUGUGGGAUGAAGUUGUUUCUUUGGCUCCUGGCUGCCUCUGGAACCUGCUGGGCCUGGUACCCUGGUUACUGAGGAGCCUCCUGGCCACCCAGUAGAAAGUAAACUGGACUGCAGGAUGCCCUCCCUCCUCACGUUCCUGUUCUGUCUGCUUCAGACGGACCAAGGAGGAAGGAGCUGCUGGGGAUGCUGGUUGUAAACUGAAAACAGGAGGCCGAGGGACAUGGCCAGCCUCUUACUGGGGAUUCAUCAGUGGACCAGAAGUCAGGGGUAGAUGUGAACAAGGCAACCAGUGAAUCUACCGAUUUUUAGCCCAGAAAUCCAGUGGGCAUUUCUAGUCAAGUGGGAAAGAAUGUUCAUUUUCAGGGCCUAGCCCCAAACCAGUUUCGUCUGCCUUUGUUUUUCCAUCUUCUCUUCAAGCCACACAACAUUGCUGAUAAAAAAUAAUUUUAUUGCUAUUUUUAGGGUACAUACACACAACAUGUGAAAUACCCUCAUUUGAAAACAACAACAAUAGUUCCUUCAUGGAAAAAACAUUUCUCAUCAGAAGGAUGAGCUUCAGAGUUCCUGAAGUUCGCUUUCUACUCACUUUAGCCAAGCUGCUGUCUGUAACCAGCCCUGCCCUUCCAAAGCACCCACUUUUGGACUGGCUUUCCUGCCUUCCUGUUUUUCUCCAAUCACCCUGCCUCCCCCAAAUAGGCACCCACUCACUGUCUUCACGUGGUUUGGGGGUCUGGUUUAUCUCCCCAGCUGCUGGUCCUGCCUGAUUGGAAGUGUCAUUGGAAACUUGCUGGCACACAGAAUGGGGGAAGCUGUGGCCUGAAGAGCUUGGCAGGAACCUGGAGCAGCCAGCCCUGGCCCUAGCUUCUCAGGAGCUCUCCAGGCCCUGGGAAAUGGGGGUUCGCUCAGUCCGUCUGGGACAGGUUCCUGUAAGCGAAGCUGGGUUUGUUUUUGAUGGAUUCUGGCUUGAACAAAAAGUGCCUUUUGCUGCUUUAAAGACUUGGGGAGCACAACAGGAAGCAGCCACAUACUCCUAUUUUCCUGGGCACUGUUCUCUCUCGGCGGGUGUUUCUGAAUGUGAAUAAGCCAGAAGCACUCCCUCCACCGUGUCCAGACCUUGCGGGCUCCUCGUGUGCCCAUGUGUGCGGGGGAGAAUGUCCGAGUUACGCUAAGCACUUUACAACCAAAAAAGCUCAAGAGUGUUGAGUCGUUCUCCACGGAGGAGCCCACCUGUGUGAGUGUGACGUGGAUGGAUUCAUCAGGACAAAGGAGGUGCCGCCAGGCCCCCAGGUGGUGAAGUGGCAGACACUCCCAGUGUUCCUUGUUCUUCCAGGCAGCAGCCCCUGCCCCUCCUGCCACGAACACUCAAGCCGUUGCAGACACCGAAGGCCUUGAUGGGAAAAGGAAAGGUCCCGCGGUCAGGGUCCCAAGGCCGUGGCUGUGGAAUCCCAGGCAGCAAGUGUCGUCUACUUGUCCUGUGGCCUGUGGCAACUUUUGUUCAUUGUAUAGUUCUGCUGACACCAGUAUUCUCUGAGCUAUCAAGAGGAAAGCGUCGUCUGGUUACCUUCAGGUGGUUUACUUAUUCUGUAAAGAAUAUGUGUACAUAUUUUGUACAGGGCCCUGUAUGAAAUAAACAGCCAUAUGUGGUUACUGA